UUCAGUUUUCCCACAAUCCCUUGCUGCCACCUAUAACACAUAAUUGCUUUAGGAGCAACGCUGUUUCGUUGGGAAUCUUGCCAAAAUUUCGAAAUAUUAAGCUCCCCUGUCGAGAUGAUGUGCGACACCACAAACCGAAGUUUUCGGGCGCAGUUAGCCGGCGUCCUGGACAAGCUAACGAAGGCGGCUUUGGUUGAAAUAGGCAACCUCGCUGACGAAUGCUCUUCCGUCCUUCACACCGAGAUAUCCCUGCACAAAACGGAGAAUGAGGCGCUGAAGAAGAGAUGUUACUUACUGGAGGUCCAGCUGAGAGCAGCGAGGGAGGCACAGACCUAUCCUGCACACGCCAACAGUGUCAGCCGCCGACACUCUGCAGAUCGGCAGCAGCCAGCUAUCGACGGAGUUUUUGGAAAGGACUGGUGCAUGGAUCUGUGGAGAGAAGAAAAACUCCCCUCUCAAAGAAAAGAUACAGUGGAGCCGGCUGCUACUAUGACAAGCAUGGGGAUACAGGCGAUAGACUUAAUGGAGAGAGAACCUGAUCUCAUCUUUGUCAAGGAGGAGACAUAUGAUGACCAUCCAAUUGGCCAGCAGAUGAGGCUCACAGAUAACAGAAAAAUUGUUGGGAUUUUUGAGGAGGACAGCAUGCUUCAUAGAUCUGUUGAUGAGCUGCAGCUUCACUCAGGGGAAUUAAACAACUUCCCCAUGACGGCUGACAGUCAAACACAACAACAACGCACACAGCCAACAAUUAUGGACAAGUUGAUAGAUGAUGCAACAAUGUGCACUUUGGUUGACAACACAAAUCCUCCUUCAGCCACCGCCGAAUACUCAGACUUCACGAACAAUAUCCACAUGAAUGCAACCAAAGAACUCACUAUUCAGCCAAAACCUGUGAAGCCAACAAACCGGUUUGAGUGCUUAUUCUGUGGGAAAAUAUUCAACUAUCUAAGCAGUUUAAAAGUCCACAUCAGGCGACACUCUGGUGAAAAGCCGUUCAGCUGCUCAGUUUGCGGGAAGCGGUUUGCUCAGAAAACGUACCUGAAACUGCACCAGCGUGUGCACUCGGGUGAGAAGCCUUACAGCUGUCCAGACUGUGGAAAAAGUUUUUCCCAGAAAAGCUCUCUGAACAUACAUCUUCGAACACACACCGGUGAAAAGCCUUAUAGCUGUGUGGACUGUGGGAAAUGUUACGCAUACAAGUAUGGUUUAAAUCACCACCAGUGUUUCAAUUGACUGAUCAAACCAUGUGGUUGUUGGUAAGAAGUCUAACUCUGGUCAGAAUUGCUUCUACUAAAGUGCUCUCUGUAUUGCUCAAUAUGUCUAUACAAAACUCAAAUGUGGAUGGAAAAUGUAGAUAUGAAAUACUUCCAUCUAUAUCAAAAAAAGGCUUAUUGUAUAGCCUGUUGAUGGUGCUGUGUUUGAUGUGUUUUUAGCUUUAUGGCUAAGAGAAGUGUGGCAGCAGCCAAACAAGGUUACAGAGAAUAUCUGUCUGACACUAGAAAGUGCACCAUUUGAGUUGGUGGGAUUCAGUUAAUUUCAUUGCUUAGGGGGUUCAUUGUUGAAUUUGUGUCAUGGAUGACAUAUUUGCGGCUUACAUUUACUGUGAGGCGCUCAUCCAACCUAUGACAAAAAAAAUACUUCACUUUUAUCCAUUGCAUGUCGUCCUACGUUUGGGGUACCAUUAUACAUACCUCAUUAUCAUGUCUCAUACCGCAAACGGCCUGUGUCAAAUAAUGCCAAAAUACUUACUUUGGACAAGUGCUCCAUUGCUUGCACACAUGUAGCAUAAAUCUUCAAAACUACCUCUUCACAACAAUGUCAAAGUAAAACAACUCCCUCGGUUUGCUUCGUUGCCCAAGUCUCAGCGUUGCUUUAUAUUUAGCAUAUGUCAUGCCUCAUUUCUUGGUAUUUAAGUGAUAGAAAGUGGGUAGCUCUAUCUCUUUGAAAAACACAGCUGUUUUGAAAUGUUAAUGUGUGUUGGUUACAUAAUAUUGAAAUGACUUCCAGAAAGGGUUCUGGUUAAAAUGGUGUUACUGUUUUAAAUAAAUGUAUUUGUAUGACUACAUCAUGUGUUCUCAAUGUAGUAAAGCCAAAUGUCAUUGUUUUUUCUUCUAAAUGUGACGCAUUUCUGCUCUAGAAAUCAUAUAUAUUUUAUUCUGUACUGUGUCAACACACCUAAAUAGAGCAAUUAUCUGUACUAAGCAUCAAUUUUGCCUGUAAUGAUUUCCUUGAACAGACCACACUGACUGAAUGAGAGAAUAAUCCCUGCCCAAGAAAGAAAUCUUGUGCUGUUGAUUUUUUCUGCAUGACCCUUACAGAGCCCCAUCGGAUGUGCAUUGUUCAUGUAUGUAAAGACUCCACUGAUGAAAAUGAAUUAAGACAACUUUGUUUAGAUUAGACAAAAUAAAUAAUUCACUCUUUCUUCCUUCUUUAAAAAGGAGAGUUUUA